AUAUAUAUAUCAAAAGACAAAACGAAAACCGAAUUUUUAGUUUCAAAACAAUUUUUAUUAAACAUUUUUCACUGCAUAAAAGCAAAAUGUUUUUCCAAAUCAUAAUUCAAUUAUUUCUGGCUAUAUUUUUGAAAACGUCAUUGGCUGCACCGAGUUAUACACAUGAGAUAACAGAAGAAAUACCUACUAAUGAGAUUACAGAAGAAUUACCUACAGAAGGGUUAAGUGCCUCUCGAAGAUAUUUUAACACUUUAAAUCCAAAGAAUAUAGGCAGAUCAUCUCUUCGAAUUUUAAAAUCAUAUUUAAAUAGAAUAAAUAGUAAUAUAUCUUCAGAUGAGGUUGAAGUAUAUUUUAAGGAAGUAGAUCCAAAUGGUGGAAACGGAUCUUGUAGCGUAAAUAAUAUCUACCAGAUCCCAUCUGAUAAAAUUGAAGAAUCAGUGACAGAUGCAUUUCAAAUUAUUGAUAACGAUAAAGACGGUUUAAUUUCUGCAAACGAUUUAGGCAGACUUUUCAAACUUUUGAACUGGGAAUUGAAGAAGGGUGUUCUAGAAAAUGCUAUUCGACAUUAUAGCUCUAGUGGCUCAACGCUGAUGAAUCAGAAUGAGUUUUUCAUAAUGAUGACACAAAACGAAAACUUUUCAGCUAAUUUACAAAGAAGUUUAUCCAAAAGAAAUUAAAUUUCUAUUCUAUUGUUUGCUCUGAUUACAUUUUUUAUGAUUUAUAAAUUUAAUAAAGGAAUAAAUAAAUAAAUA